UAGCUGGCUGCACACACUUUGCUAAUCUCUUCUGGUGUUGUUAACAGUUUGUGUUGCUACGGACCGGGUUGAUAAAAAAAAUAUUUAGAAUAGUAAGGGUUGCUUUUACGUUUUAUUUAGGGAUAAUAUAAUAACGUGCAGACAAUGUCGGUAGACAUGUAAAAUGUACAAUACCAUUAGCAAUAGCUAGGUCCAAGAGAAGCGGUUAUUUGCUGCCUAGGAACGCAACCAGUUCACGUUAUCAGCAUUAGCACAAAUUGUUGGGUGUUUCGUCGACUUAAACGGACUGGCAUGGCGGAGAUGGAGGACGGAGGUUUGCCCGACGUGGUGCCCAGGAGAGGAGGGCCUGAUGAUGAUGAGGACUCGGAGAGGGAUGAAGAUGACUGGAUUGUAUGGGACGAGGAGGAAGGAGAGGACGAGGCUGAGGUGGACACACACACGCACCCUUCAAACGUCCAUGCCCCGUCAGAGCGCAGUGGCCACAUUGCAGUAGUGGACGGAAACUACAUGUAUGUGUGGGGAGGUUAUAAGGUAUUCCAAAAUGCUGAGGCCACUGGAUCAUUUGAACUCUACUUGCCCCAUUGUGAAAUAUGGAUCUACAAUAUGGAGACUGAAACAUGGAAGAUGCAGCUAGCAGGGGGCGAAUUGCCCGCCGCAAUGUCAGGCAGCUGUGGCGUGUGUGUGGACGGCGUGCUUUAUGUCUUUGGUGGACACCACACCAAUGGAAACACCAACUUAGUGUAUCGGCUUCCCCUCAGGUCACCCCUGCUGUGCUGGGAGAAAAUGGGCAACCUGAAAGGCCUGGCCCCCACUUGCAAAGACAAAUUGGGCUGUUGGGUGUACAAGAAUAGCUUGGUGUUUUUUGGAGGCUACGGCUACUUUGCACAAGAGGGUCAUCGAGGGAUCUUUGAAUUUGACGAGACUUCCUUCAUCAUGGGCAAUCAUAUAGCGCGCGGUUGGAAUAACCACGUCCACGUUCUGGAUCUGGAAACGCUGACGUGGAGUCAGCCCAUCACAACGGGCACUACCCCUUCUCCCAGGGCGGCCCAUGCCUGCGCUACUGUCGGUAACCGGGGAUACGUGUUUGGGGGUCGAUACAUGAACUACCGCUUGAAUGACCUCUACUACAUCAAUCUGGACACUUGGGAAUGGAGUGAGAUGUCUGUACCCCAGAACGGUCCAGAUGGACGCUCCUGGCACUCGUUCACCCCUGUAUCCAAUGACCGCAUAUUCUUAUUUGGAGGCUUCACCACAAGCAGGCAGACACUCAGUGAUGCUUGGCUAUACUGCAUCAGCAAGAAUGAAUGGAAGCCCUUCAAGCACAAGUAUAACGACCAGCCCAGACUCUGGCAUACGGCGUGCCACAGCCCCGAGGGUGAGGUGUUUGUGUUUGGUGGAUGUGCCAACAACCUUUUAUCCCGGGAGAGAGCCGCCCACAGCAAUGAGCUGCUGGUGUUCAAUGUCCAGCCCAAGUCAUUGUCCAGGUUGAGCAUGGAGGCAGUGGUGCAGCAUAGGGAUCAGCUGGAGGGCGUGUUGGACUCUCUGCCUAAACACCUGCUGCACAGCGUCAAGCAGCGCAUGAGCAGCGGAAACACCAUGGGCUCCUAGACACGACACGGCCACACAAGACACCUGGAUGUAUGCCAUUAUGUACAGUAUGUGUGUGUGUGUGUGUGUGUGAACAUGUACGUGUUUGAGUACAUCUAAGUGUUGGAGUGUCUAUGUUGAGUGUUUUGUGUGAUUGCACUGCCACUGUCUUACUGUAUGUCUGGAGGCUGGAAAUCACGACUUGUUUGGCCACCAGGGGUCCAUUUCCCUGCUAAACCGUAGUCUGUAGAGUUUGGUGGUUGCAAAUGCUAUGUCUCGUUCCCAGGGCUCUAAAUGAUUUUUUUUUCAUCACCAGCCAAAAUGACAACUAGAUGCUAGUCUUACUAGCCAAACACACACUCACUAAUGGGUCAAGGGGGCUAGUAAGUUGGUCUUCUCUACCAGCCAAAUUGAAAUUUCACCAGCAUUUGGCUGGUUGGCUGGUGUUCAUUUAGAGCCCUGCUCAUUACCCAUCGGCAAGCCACUGUGGUGCUGUGGAAACACAGCCCAGGAAGGAGGCAUUUGUCAGUAGGGAUGUUUGGCAAGAAGGCAAGAGCAAGUCAUUCCUCAAAAUUUGGGUCCUUUUCCGCCGUUUUUUGUCAACUUGGGUUACGUCAGUUUUAUAUUGAACAUUCAUAUGGAAAAGAAUUAAAGCCUUAUGUCACAUGAGGACAUUUGUAUGUUUCAAAAGUGUUCUUUUUAAAAUGGAUCACAAUUUAGUUUUAAAUAUUAGAUGAAUAUCCAAUAUAAAAUUGACUUUACUCCACCAGUGAGGACAUGUUUGGAGAAAUUACUUGCACCCAAUGACUCCAGCUACACUUACAUCAGAACAAAAAUAAAUCAUAAUAAUAAUACAAAAAAAAAAAAGUUGAUGGAAAUUGUGAUCCCUGCCGCCUGUUAGUCUGCACUCGCCUUCUUUUGAUUUAAUGCAGAAAGCCAGUUGGUGUGAGGGUGUCUGCUGUCUUUCUGUUUUUGAAUGCAUAGGUAAAUUGUGUACAUAUGUCAAAAAUAUAUUUAUAUAUUUUUUGUUGUUGUUCCUGUGGAUUUUCUGUGCUGCGUGUAUACAUGCAAGAUUGCUUAGAAUUGCUUCUUUUUUUCUCUUUUUUUUGGGAGUGUUGCUUUGUAUGCUGGUGUGCAUUUUGCUCUUCUUUGUUUUAUUCUUUUUCUGUUGUCAAGUUUAAUCAUGUAAGCUUUACUUGUUUUUGAACACUCAUUGUCAUGGCCAGAGUAAUGUAAAAGUACAACAUGAUGUACUGUAGGAGAUCAAUAUUGUUUCAGCACAAUACAACUUCUGUCAUCUGAUUUGCACAACCUAUUUUCAAAAACAUUUUUUCGUUCACAAGUAAGGUGUUGAUUUUAAGUUGUUUUAGUUUGUUUGAAUGACGAAAAAAAUAAAUAAAUGUAAAGAUUUAA